AGACUUUGAUUUGAUACUCCGACUAGUACAAAUAGAGGAAUGGCAUGCGGGCAUUUUAUCAAUCUAUUUGUAUAGAAUAGAUAAGUGUCUUCAAAAUUUCUUCACGAAGAUGAGUUACCCAUACUACUCUCCACCACCACCAUCACCUGUCCCAUGUAACCCUAUCACGCCUCCACCGCCUCCGCCAUCACCUGUCCCAUGUAACCCUAUCACGUCUCCCCCACCACAUGCAAACCACCAUGCCCAUCCAACUCCACCAUCUACGCCUCCACCGCCUCAUCAUCACCAUGGCCAUCCCAAGCCACCACCUCCACCGCAUCACCACCAUGGCCAUCCAAAGCCACCUCCACCACCAGACCACCACCAGCCACCGUGCCCACCUUCACCAACUACACCGGUCAUCCAACCUCCCACUCCGACUGAAGCACCGCCACCCCAUCCCAUAUCUCCUCCAACCCCUACUAUCACUCCGGUUUCACCACCGCGACCACACCCUAAUGCACCGCCGCCAACACCAAAUGAUGGUCCAGCUCCACCACCAUAUAAGGCACCGCCACCUAAACCUGCAUCUCCACCACCACAUAGCUAGUCACCACCAAAACCACAUACUCCAGCUCCAGCACCCCAAAAAACUCCACCUACAACUGCCCAUGUGGCACCGCCGCCUCAUAUUAUAUCUCCACCGAGCCCCACCACCAGUCCGGCUUAUCCCCCACACUCACCACCGCCGCAUAAGCUACCUCCAACUACAGCAACACCGCCACGAGGACAUUACCCGCCACCCCCACCAACCCUUCCCGGUGAUUAUACCCCGCCAGGUUUUGGGCCUCCCCCUACUUAUAAAUCUCUCCCACCAUCAUCACAAAUUGCCUCGCCACCUUCCGGAGGCCACCGAACAACUAUCAUCGCGGCCUGCGUCUCGGCAGGCGGUGUUUUCGUCCUUGCGUUCCUCUUAGUUGGUCUCUUCUGCUUAGCGAAGAGGAAGAAGAGGCCAGUGACGAUUCUUGAACCCGAUUGUGUUGAAGAACACGAAGAAGUCCAUGAAUCGAUCGCAACCGGUCCCUAUGGGGAGCAAACUGUAACACUGUCGGUAGAGGAUGAUAUUCAAGUUCAUGAAGCUGUGGGUUCUAGCGCUAUGGGUUUGCAUGGGAUUGCUGGAGGAGGCUCUCCGCGUGAACCUGCUGUGCCCGGGUCUCCCACUUAUCCUCCAGGCCAUCAUGACCAACACUACUAAAGUCUAAAGCUAAAGCUCUCAUCUCUGAUCGAUGAUCUGUCUGUCCUUUUCAUUUGCUUUUGCUUAUGAUUAUUAUUAUUAUUGUUGUUGUUAUUUAUUUUUACUUUGGCUGGGAUGCAUUCACUUGUACCUUUCAUUCAUGUGGAGUGGUUAAAAUAAAUAAUGGAGCCAUAGAUCAUGCAUGCUCCAUCUGCGUUAAUUAAGAUAUUGGCCAAGCAGAUAGGCCUAGUACUGUAUAUUCGAAAAUCUAAAGGUUUGUAGCCAAGACAUCAAAUAUGACUUUUCGUCGUGUAGUUGUAAUUAUGAUUAUAAUUAAUUAUCUCCAUCGUCGUAAAUUUAUCAAGAA